ACAGUAACAGCACUUUAUUUCUCAGACUUAAACCCCUCCGGUGUUGAUCAGAAACCAAACAGCAAUCUCCAGAGCUGAAUCGGUGCUAAAUGGACGACAAAAUCGAGACAGAAACAAUACGCAUACUCUGUAACAAACUUUUAAUCAUCAACAACGAAGCAGGCAUUCAGUGGCUGAUCGGCUCUCCAUUCUUCCCUCAAUUCACAAUCGCCUCCACGUUCAGAUGCAUUCACACUCUCAACUCCGAUCCUCUCGCUCCUCAUUACGAAAAAGAAUCAGAUGAUUUGAGGACGCUUUUAUUGAAAGGUUUUGAGGUGAUUGGUGCACUAAUUGUUGGUAACAACUCUGAAUUUGAGCGAGUUGCAAGUGAGGCAAUUGAUGCCUCGCGCAAGUUGAGGAAGUUACUUCACAAUAAUGUUGACGAAGAUAGUUUGGAAAAGAGAAACUUGGUGGGAGCUGUGACGGAAUCAGGCAAUGGAGAUGUUCGUUUUUUUGUGUCAAGGUCAGGAUCAGAUCGCAUCAAGUCUGUUGUUUCAGUUGUGUAUGAUGAUCAACCUGAGAAGUAUGUUUGGGAGAGAGGUUGUUUACUUUGCUGUCAGCUUCCAAUUAAGUUGCCACUAUAUUAUCCUGUAAACAGGUCCAAAGAUGUCAAGGACAUAUUUACAAAAGCAACUGAAGCUGUUAUCGCUACUUUCAGAGAUCCCAAAGUGGCUUACAUUGUAGAAACACUGAAUGAAACUUCAAAUGAAGGUCCACAACAUGUCAUUUUUCGUGGGGCGGACUUAAAUCUGACCACAAAACUCGCGAAUGCCAGGUUUUCUAAUGUCAAUUCUGAAGAAGCAGAUCCAACAGCGUUAUCAUGUUCAUACUUCUGUUUAAAGGAUAGGGACAUCAGGACAUUUACUUCUCUAGAGGAGAAUGCAGAUAAGAUUCAAGUACAAGUCCUGCACAGUAGAUCGGAUAACAGAGAAAAGUCUACUUCCCCCUAUGCUGAAUAUUUUCCAGCUCCUGAAGAAACCAAACUUUUGGUUGUCGAUUACAAACUAGAAGUGCUUUGUUAUGCCUCAAAGGAGCUUUCUAUUGCCUCAGCAAUUUCAAACUUACUCAUCCCAGCACUAACUGACCAGUUACAUGCAGUUAAAACAAUGAUCUUGCCUGAUCUCUUUACACAACAAUCAAAUAUAUAUCCAUAUCAUUUCAGUCCUCCGGGGGUAUCACAUCCAAUAACUGUUAUGUAUGAAUUAACCUAUGGGGAAACGGAGAUGAAGCAAGUGGAAGUUAGAAGGCUUCUUCACAUGAGGUUAGGGUUACCUUUCGAUCGUCCUCUUUUAAGAAUCGCAAAUGCCAUAAAUAUAUCCCAACCAAAUGGUAAGGCAAGAAGCAGCAAUAAACAAAAAGGUUCCUUAUUGCCUAAAGAUGUACAUCUGGGGAUUCCAAGUAGUGGGGUUUCUGGUGGUGUCGUCUCACUGGUCCAAGGCUCUUAUGAAUACUUUCAUUAUCUUCAGGAUGGAUUUGAUGAUUCGGGUUGGGGCUGUGCUUACCGAUCACUUCAGACCAUCAUUUCUUGGUUUAGGCUCCAGCAUUACACUUCCACUGAUGUUCCUUCACACAGGGAAAUACAACAGGCCCUUGUGGAAAUUGGUGAUAAAGACCGUUCCUUUGUAGGAUCACGGGAAUGGAUUGGUGCCAUAGAGCUUAGCUUUGUUUUGGACAAACUCCUUGGGGUGAGCUGUAAAGUUAUAAAUGUAGGAUCGGGAGAUGAAAUUCCUGAAAAAUGUCGUGAGCUGGCCUUUCAUUUUGAAACCCAGGGAACUCCCAUAAUGAUUGGUGGUGGUGUGCUUGCGUACACUCUUUUGGGAGUUGAUUACAAUGAGGCAAGUGGGGAUUGUGCGUUUCUUAUACUUGAUCCUCACUAUACUGGAAAUGAUGAGCUUAAGAAAAUAGUCAAUGGUGGAUGGUGUGGCUGGAAAAAGGCUGUUGAUAGUAAAGGAAAACAUUUCUUCCUGCAUAAUAAGUUCUAUAAUCUUCUAUUACCGCAGAGGCCCAAUAUGGUCUGAUUACAGUUUUUAAGGUCCCGUUGAUAAGCUAUUCAAGCUAACCUCUAUAUCAUACAUAACAUCUGAAAUAGAUAGAAUCCUACAUGUUUCUGUUGUAAAAACCCAACUCAUAUAGUCAGAUGUAUCAUCUAUAUACUCAUUUCACACAGUGCAGAAGUCGCUAGUUUUCGCACUACUGAGUACUGAGUGGCUAGUAGCUAUUCCAGAUAUGGCGGAUUUAGAAUUAUUUUUUAAAAAGGCAUCAAGCAUAUUUUCAAAUUUUCUGAGGGCACUUUUAUAAUUAUGAAUUAUGAUUUUGUAUAAUUUAGAACAUUAAAUAUAUGUCAUUUUUUUUUA